AUGUCUCCAUUUGACGAGAGCCAGAAUGAGUGCAUUGACUCAUAUCUACUGAGAUUUGAGGAUAUAGCAACAUCAUGCAACCUCCCACAGACAGAAUGGGCAAGAAGCCUCAUGGGGCGCUUAAAAGGUAGAGCCAUCAACAUCUGUCUUCAAAUGAGAGAUGAAGAAAGAAAAGAGUACGUGGCCGUGAGGGAGGCGUUGCUGAGACAGUUUGGCUCCACAAGUUACGAAUACAGAAGGAGAUUGAAAGAGUCGACACCUCUGGCGAACGACGAUCCACAAAUAUUCGUCACCAACAUGUCGAUAUACUUCGAUCGAUGGGUAGACCUGUCAAAAGUGGAUCACAAAUAUGAAACCCUCAGAGAACACAUCAUAAUGGACGCUGUGAUGGAAGCUUACAAUAAUAAUGUGAAAACAUACGUCACGGAGCGAGAGCCAAAGACCAUCAGCAGCCUGAUAGCACAACUAAGGCAGUAUAAGGCCGCACACCCAAGGGAAGUGUUAGCUAGAGAGAACCCAACUGCGGCAUCAGCUUGUAUGGUGAACAACGCUGCAAGAAUGCGGACUCCAAGCCCUCUAUAUAGAAGAGAGAACGCUGACAAGAGCACACCAUAUACAGACACUUGCUUCUACAACCGACGCAAUAGAGUUUUGAACAACAGACCCAGAGAUAGAGCAUUUGCUGCCAAACACGCUAAUAAACUGCAGGAAUACCCAGGCUUUGUGGGAGAACAAAUGACCAACGUACUGUACGAUACAGGUGCAACUGCAAUUUUAGUCGCAAAAGAAUACGUCAACCCACAAGAGUACACCGGAAGAAGACAAGACUGUGUUGGUUACACGGGUCAAGUAACUACACAUCUGGUAGCACGUAUCAACAUACACACACCGUUCAUCAGUGGUUGGCAUGAGGCUUUAGUACUAGACAAUAAGCCUGACAACAUUGGUCUUAUCAUUGGCUGUAUCAAAGGCUCUAAACCUUGCACAGUAGAAGAAUUGAACAAGUGGAAAGAAAAAUACACACAGAAAUGUUCCAUGGUUACUACAAGAGCUCAGAAGAAAGCAGAAGAAGUGCUAAAUACAAACGAUAACAUACAAGUUCCUUAUAACAAUGAAAAUGAAAAUACAGAAACAGAAAAUAGCGAUAUGAGAAGCCAUAAUCAAGUGAACAACCCGAAUGAAAUCUCCACAGAAAGUCAAGACCCACUACACAUUAAAACAGAAAAAUUUGUCAGUGAACAGAAAAAUGACCCAGAUCUAAUAAAACUCAUAGAAAGUGAAGCUCCACCAAGACGAGGGUUAAUUAAGAUAGGCGAAGAUGGUGCCUAUGUGAGAGAAAUUCAUCUGAAAGCAGGCAAGACACAACAAUUGCUAGUUCCAAAGAAGUAUAGAGAAACAAUUUUAAAGCUUGCACAUGACACCCCGUUUGCCGGACAUAUGGGAGUAAAGAGAACAUUGAAUAGAAUCUUGAAUGAAUUUUUUUGGCCUAGAAUUACGCAAGAAGUCAAGGCCUACAUAAAAUCCUGCCAUAUUUGCCAAAUACAUGGAGCAAAGGGAACAUAUAUGCAAGCUCCAAUACAAACAACAGACUUAAGUGAAAUGCCAUUUGAAAAGAUAGCCGUAGAUAUUAUUGGACCAAUGCCAGUAAUAUCCGGAAGAGGCCAUCGCUACAUAUUGACUGUUGUAGACAUGUGCACACGGUUUCCAGAAGCAAUACCAUUGAAAAGAAUUUCUUCCGAAGAUGUCGGAGACGCACUUACAGCAAUAUUUGCAAGAACAGGUUACCCUCGCAUAAUACUGAGUGAUCAAGGCACCCAGUUUAAAUCAAAUGAAUUCGCACAGUUUUGCAAAACUCUGAAUAUUAAACAACAAUUUGCUGCCCGUUUUCACCCCAAAGCAAAUGGGAUGUGCGAACGCCUGAAUUCAACGCUGAAAACAAUGCUGAACAAAGUAGCACAGGACAACCCAACAGACUGGGACAAGCUGAUCAACCCCAUACUGUUCGCCUACAGAGAAGUACCACACACAACAACGGGCUUCUCAACAUUCGAGAUGCUCUAUGGCUCACCUAAAGAUAUCAAGAAAGUUUCAUGGAAAUCAUUAAUGUGA